CCCCACAUCAAAAAAAAAGUAUCCAACGUUCAAAAAUUUACAGGUGAAACAAAUUCAAAAGACAACUUUGAGAAAUUUAUGGGAACUUUUUGAUUGAAAUUAAAGAGAAAAAGGUGGAAACUUUAUUAUUACUUAUAGCUUUUUUGAUGGAAAGUAAAGUGAGAAGAGGCAGAGCAGUAGUAGAAAAAGAAGUAGAGAGACAGAAAGUGGAAAGAUUGGUGGAAAAGUUAAAGAAUCAUAAUCAUCGAAUUAAUCCAUCUUCAUCAACUCCAGUGCACGUUAGCUUCAUCCCUAGCUCAGCCUUUGUUGUUUCCUCCUCUAGAAAGCUCGCUGCUGCUUUCUGGGAGUUUCAUCACUACCACUCUGCUUCUUCUUCUGCUGAUAUAAUGCACCGUGGCGCGAAUGGUUUCGCCGGAGCUAGUAAUAACCGUCGACAACGUCAUGGCAAAGCCGUGGUUAAGGAGAAUGGUCUCGACCUCUCUCAAUUCCUCCGAGAUCCUUCUCCUGAUCAUCAGCCAGAUAGUGCUGGAAGUCUAAGGAGGCAGAUUGGUCAAAUGUUGAUAAAGCAUCAUCAAUCUAUCGACCGUAACAAUCAUGCUCUUCAGCCCGUAUCUCCUGCUAGUUACGGAAGCUCUCUUGAGGUUACGACAUACAACAAAGCGGUAACUCCAAGUAGUUCAUUGGAGUUCAGAGGAAGACUGUCUAGAGAACCUCACUACAAUCUCAAGACAUCAACUGAACUUCUUAAAGUAUUGAACCGUAUUUGGAGCCUCGAGGAGCAGCAUGUCUCCAACAUCUCUUUGAUAAAAGCUUUGAAAACCGAGCUGGCUCAUUCACGUCUUCGAAUCAAGGAGCUUCUAAGGUACCAGCAAGCCGAUAGACACGAGCUAGACGGUGUGGUGAAACAACUCGCUGAAGAGAAAAUGUCGAGGAAGAAUAAGGAAGUUGAGCGGAUAAGCUCUGCGGUUCAGUCUAUGAGGAAAGAGUUAGAAGAUGAGAGGAAACUUAGGAAACGUUCUGAGAGUUUGCAUAGGAAACUGGCACGUGAGCUCUCGGAAGUGAAGUCUUCGUUGUCUAACUGUGUCAAGGAGCUUGAGAGAGGGGCUAAAUCAAAGAAGAUGAUGGAGCUGCUCUGCGAUGAGUUUGCCAAAGGAAUCAAGUGUUACGAAGAGGAGAUUCACGGUUUAAAGAAGAAGAAUCUUGAUAAGGAUUGGGCUGGUCGAGCUGGAGGAGAUCAACUGGUUCUUCAUAUUGCUGAAUCUUGGCUUGACGAAAGGACGCAGAUGAGAUUAGAAGGUGGAGAUACAUUGAAUGGUAACAACAGAUCAGUGCUUGAUAAGCUCGAGGUUGAGAUCGAGACCUUUCUUCAGGAGAAGCGGAAUGAAGUACCGAGAAACCGAAGGAACUCACUUGAAUCUGUUCCGUUCAACACCUUGAGUGCACCACCGCGGGAUGUAGACUGUGAAGAAGACUCAGCAGGAAGCGAUUCGAAUUGCUUUGAGCUCAAGAAACCUGCUCUGUCUCACGGAGACGAGACGAUGAAACCUAACCAACUUAACAAAGACGGUUUGAUUGAUGAAAAGCCGAAAGGCAAAACCGGAAGCCCCUCGAGUUUCCAAGUGAACUUCGAGGAUCAAAUGGCGUGGGCAAUACCGAGUAACGGAAAGAAGAAACCCCCCCGAGCUAUUGAAGACGAAGAAGAAGAAGAUGUGAAGCCUGAGAAGAGCAAUAACAUUAAGAAACCAGAAGAUGAGAUUGAUCAGUGUGCUACUACGAACAAGAACGAUGUACUGGGGGAAAUGAUUCGAACACACAGAAGGUUAUUGUCUGAAACCCGUGAAAUCGAUGAAGCUUCUUGCAAUUUUCCAUCUUCUCGAAGACAAGCUAGUCCUAUUCGACAAUGGAUUUCAAGAACCGUCGCACCUGAUCUUUUUGGCUCGUCGGAUAAUGCGAUAGCUCAUGGAGUUAAGGAUAGUACUUUGAAAACUAAGCUAGCAAAGAGUUCAAAGUCGCGUCUUCGGCUAUUCAAAGGCUAAUCAAGAGUGGUUCGGUCCAAAACGCACAAAAACGAGAGUUCUUGCUUGAGGAUGAGGAUACAUACAGAUCACUGAGUUUCAUUCGUUUUCUCUGUAAAUCGAACGCAUCUACAAAUUUGUAUAUCGAUUGCAAAUUGUUGGAUUAUUUAGAUUUUGAGUUAACAAGAACGAGAGCAACGGCUAGAGAUUUUGAGUUAGCAUUGUAAAGUAAGCUAAGUGAACUCUGUUUUAUCUGUUGGUCUAGUGUAAAGCGAAAGCGUUUAGAACUGAGGCCCCGAUAGGCCCAAUAAUGUUUAAAACGACAACAUUGCAAUCC